AUGGCUAUUUCCAAAGGGAACCGCUAUUCACAGGAUAGUCUUGAGGGAGAGGAGAAGCAUAUGCACCAGCAAGAAGACGACGAGAAUGACGGUCUCCUGUCAUUAGCUGGCAGACAUGCUUCGGCCGAAAGGCCUACGCAAGCCUGGUUUUCGGGGAAGCUGCCGGUCCUUCUGAUCGUACUCAACACUCUCUUCUUGAUAGCAAACACGAUUGCCUGGACUUUUGUUGGGCAUGCCGCUGGCUCUCGUGAUACGAAGCUGUCAUCGUGCUUGAUUGAUUCCCAAGUUCUUCCCCCGACCCCAGCAAAAGAGGCGGUACAGUAUGAGCUUCGACGAUUCACGGGUAUUGGGGCCCACGAAUCCGAGUUCAUCGGCCGGGCGAGUGACGAGAUGGAUGAGAAAUGGAACCGCCUGAUUGAUAAUGGGAAGUGGUUCGCCAUGGACCGCGAAAUGUUCGUCAAGCUCAACGGGAACCCGGACACCGGGCUGCGAAUCCCCAACGAUCCCGAAGGCCGCUUCUUUGGCAUGCUCCAAGUGAACCACCAGCUUCACUGCGUCGACAUCAUGAGGCGCUCGACUUGGUUUAAUAUUAAGCGCUAUAGAGACAGGGACCAUUUUCAAAACAUGACUGACGAGGAUGUCAUUUUGCAUACAAACCACUGCGUAGAGAUACUAAGACAGAGCCUACAAUGCCACGGCGAUACGGCUAUGCUCACCUACAACUGGGUCCACGGGCAUGACUGGCCGCAGUCGGCGUGGAGGUCGUUGCACAGCUGCCAGAACUGGGAUGCGCUGAAUGAGUGGAGGGCCGAGAACGACAUUAGCCAUCUCGUCACGCACCUCGAACGGCCUGCUUGGGUCUUGGAUCCUGAUGCGGAAGCACCUGGCCACAGAGGCGCGGCCGAGGCCGUCGAUCCCAUUACCUGCAGAGACCUGGAGUGCGAACACUGA